AUGGAGGAGGCUGAGUCAGAAGAAGAGAGGAGGAUGAGCUCCCCAUGUACCAAGAGCACUACAAUGCUCUCUUCUCCAUGGACUUUGUGGAGACCAAGUACCCACAUGAUGACACAUGAGGAUCUUGGAUCUUUGAGGAUGUGGAGUUGGUGCUCAAGAACAUGCAAUUGGCCAAGUUCUUUCUCACCGCAUGGAGUCUACAAGGAGCUCACUUGCAGCUUGGAGAUCUGUUUGGGUUCACUAUGGAGAAGGAACCAAUGGAACAUCAAGGAAGAAGAACUCCAAAGAGUUUGGGCUACAAUCGCUGAAGAGGGGUACUCUUCCUCAAGGUCCAAGGCUGCCAGAUCAGGAGCCCAGUGCUUGAGAUAUGUCCACAAGGCUCUUGCCAACACCUUCUUUGCAAGGAAAGGCCACUGGACAAUCAAUGAGGGAGAAGUGAAGCUCCUUGACAUGGGAAUCAAGCCCAUCAUCUCACGCACAAGGAUGGGAAAAGAUCAGAGGAGAUAG